ACUCAACUGUUGUUCUUCUUCUUGUAAAUUCAACAGAUGAUCCGGUUAUAAUGGCAUUCGGUAAGAACAACUUUUCCUGUUCCUGUUUCGGGGAUUAUUGUGUUUAACAGGUGGCUUUGUAAAGAUCCCUGUGCUCUUGAGAUGGAGGAGGCGUACACAGAGCUGUACAGGGAGUUCCUCCAACUGCGCUUGCUGUGUCUGAAGCAGGCUGCUUUACUCAAUAAACUCACAGAGAAACUGAGGACACAGCAGGGUCACUCCCAUUUCCUUGUUGUAGUACCAAAAAUGAUAUACUUCUCAUGCCAUGCCUAUUCUGCAGGAGGAGCCCCUGUUCCUGAUGGAGACCCCAGCGUAAUGGCAUCAAUCCCAAUCCAGUGUACCCAGAAGAGCUCCGGUGCUCUCCCUGCAUGGCCAGAAACCCCAAUGGUCCCAAAACACAACACUGCUGCACACUAUGGCAUUAUAAGGCCAUCUGGGGCCAUGGGGUCACUCACUAAUCUACUGGCUGGGGAUUUGGGCAGUCUACGGCUGGACUUUGCUCAUCCAGGGACAGAAAGGAAGGAGGUCCACAAAGCCACCCCCGUAGGACCUCUGGACCUACCUGGGGGUAAUGAAGAGAUGGCACCUUCCAGUGUCUCUAGGGACUCGAAGCAAGCAGGUCGAUUUUGGAGUGAUGAUAUGACCCGACAAAUGUUCAGGAUGCCCUCGGCAUGUGGCUCCUUCCUGGACAGUGAGUUUCUAAGCCAGACCGGGGGGAUGAUGCUGAUGUCAGAGGUUGCGCUGCAGUCUCAUGUGUGUGACUUCUGUAAUGCUGUAUUCCCCGGCCACACCACCACCAGGGGAGACUUCAUGUGCCACCUCCACACACACAUCACCUAGAACAUUAUUUCCCAACCAGGGGAAAUAAAUACUUGAAAAGACCGAUGAGACCAUGGGCUUACUGGUAAAACGCACAUGAGGGUGUAAUUCAGGGGUACUCCAGGCAGAGCAAAAAACUGUUUCUGUUACAGUAACCGAAAAUGGUUGGGAACCACUGACGUAGAACUCUGCUUCCCUGCACCAACUCCAUCACACACACAUCACCUAGAACACUAGUUCCCUGCACCGACUCCACACACAUCAUCUAGAACACUGGUUCCCCCAUAAACAUCUCCACACACACGUAAUCUAGAAUCCCCAUAACAUUGUUUCUGUAUCACCUAGAGUAGCUGUUUCCCCAUCACUUAGAUUAGUGGCUUCCUCAUAAUGUUUCCUCUGCAUCACCUAGAGUAGUGGUUUCCCCAUAAUAUUGUUUCUGCAUCACCAAGAGUAGUGGUUUCCCCAUAAUAUUGUUUCUGCAUCAUUUAGAGUAGUGGUUUCCCCAUGUUUCCUCUGCAUCACCUAGAGUAGUGGUUUCCCCAUAAUAUUGUUUCUGCAUCACCAAGAGUAGUGGUUUCCCCAUAAUAUUGUUUCUGCAUCACCAAGAGUAGUGGUUUCCCCAUAAUAUUGUUUCUGCAUCACUUAGAGUAGUGGUUUCCCCAUGUUUCCUCUGCAUCACCUAGAGUAGUGGUUUCCCCAUAAUAUUGUUUCUGCAUCACCUAGUGUAGUGGUUUCCCCAUAAUAUUUGUUUAUGCAUCAGAGUAGUGGUUUCCCCAUAAUAUUUCCUCUGCAUCACCUAGAGUAGUGGUUUCCCCAUAAUAUUGUUUCUAUAUCACCUAGAGUAGUGGUUUCACCAUAAUAUUGUUUCUGCAUCACCUAGAGUAGUGGUUUCACCAUAAUAUUAUUUCUGCAUCACCUUGAGUAGUGGUUUCCCCAUAAUGUUGCUUCUGCAUCACCUUGAGUAGUGGUUUCCCCAUAAUGUUGCUUCUGCAUCACUUAGAGUAGUGGUUUCCCCAUAAUGUUGCUUCUGCAUCACCUAGAGUAGUGGUUUCCCCAUAAUGUUGUUUCUGCAUUGUGACCUACCUGCCACCUCCACACAUCACCUAGACCAUUUAUGAGAUUUGCUUGUUUUCCCCAAGAAAUGUCUUAUUGAUUUCAAUGAAAAAGGUUCUUACAACAUAUAUGUAUUGAUUAAACAGUCUGUUUUCUAUGAAACUGAGAAAUGUACAUAUACCACUGUUUUCUUAUAGCACUAGAGGGCAGUAACAACAUAUGGUAGGCUACAUCAUGGGAUUUGUCUCUGUUAUCUCGUUAUUACUGGUACUGUUUUAUUACUCAAACUAAUAAAAGGACAUACAGUCAUUUAUAAACAGCUACACAAUCCAUUAUAAUGUUACACAUAAUAUAUGUAUAAACAUAGGAUAAAUAUGCAAGUAUAUUUCUAUCGUUGCUUUCGAAGGAAAACCUCGUAACUUCGUAACCAUUCAUUUUUUUCAUUGUGCAUUGACAUUUUUACAUGCAUCGACUCUAGGGCCAAGAAAAUGUAUUCAAAAUAGCUUCUGAAGUUUCUUAAUUGUAUGUUUGUUAAUGGUAACGUAUGGCUGUUUUCUAUUUUGGAGAUAAGAGGUUUCAUCCAACACAGACACUAGGUACAAUUUCUAUCAUGAUUCUCUGUUGAAUGUAGAGCUGAAUUGAUUAAUAAAUUAGGCCAAUUUUCUUCAAAUAAUACUUUUGAUAUUGUC